AUGUCAGAGCAGGCUGUUGCUUGUAGCCCGCCCCCUAACCGGCAUUCCAUCACGAGGAGUGGGUUUACUAUCAGCAUUCGCAAAGAUCCCAUCCUCAAAGCCGGCCCGAUUGAUGACAUGACAAAGAAGCUGGGAAUUGCUCCCCCGGAAAUGAUAUUUGGUGAUAAUCUGGUCUCAAUUCAACAUGUACAUACUGGCUGGGGAAUAGAAUUCAACGCUUUUGACGCCUUAGACCGGGUGGAUAAGACGGGACAAUCUGCGCUGAAAGUUGCAUAUUCGGGGGAAUGGCAGAGGAGUCGUGAAAAGACGCACGAAGGGAUAAAGGAGGUGGUUCGACCAUUCGAUUGGUCUUACACAACAGAUUAUAAAGGGACUGUUAUUUCUGCUGGCAAUGAGCUGCGGUCCUCGUCAACUCCAUUACCACUUGAUCGUCUACGGCGACAUGAUCCAAUUCUUUUCUUUGAGGAUGUCAUACUAUAUGAAGACGAGCUCGCAGAUAACGGAAUUUCAAUGCUAUCCUGCAAAGUCAGGGUGAUGCCCUCCUGUCUCUUACUACUAUGCCGUUUUUUUAUGCGGCUAGAUAAUGUUCUAUUCCGGCUACGCGACACCAGAGUUUUCAUAGAUUUCGAUACGAAUCAAGUAAUACGAGAGUAUCUUUCGAGAGAAGCACAAUAUGAUGUUAUUCGACAGAAACUCGCCGCAACAAGAGAGGAUAUUCCGGCCGUGAUGCGAGACCCUAACAAAUUAGCAGAAAUGCUUCCAAUAGUGGACAACAGCCUCGAGAGUGUUGUACUCCCUCAGUCGCUGAUACAAUUGCGGCGAUUCUUUCAGGUUGAAAUGCUCGUUCAAAAGAAUUUGAACCUCAAUUUGCUAACCGCACUUUUCAAGGAUGCGAAUCGUGCCCCUUUUGAUCUAUCAGAGAUUACACGUAAACCUAUACAACGGCCCUGGUUUACCUCUCAAUUAACGAGCAAGUCCUCGCGCCGCUUCGCAUCGACCUCGAGUGCAAAACCAGUUCCUUUACAAGACCCAGCACCUUUGCCUAAGCCCGCUCGACGUGGACCUGCCGGAUUACGGUCAGCUGAGACUUAUGUGGCCUAUGGUAUCACGAAAAAGCUGUUUGAUGCUUGUUCCGCUCAGGCAGAUUAUAAGAUCCCACAAGUGUCUCAAAAGAACACUGAAAUUCCCAAGACUGCAAGUGGAGAAGACCUUGGUGUUGGUCAAGGAUGGUGGUAUGAAGACCUCGGGCUUCUCCCAACGUUUUCUUCCUGGUCGCAAGUCACUUUUCUCCAUAUGUAUCUCAUAAGCGUUCGCCUUCGUGCCCUUCCCUCCACGGAAUCCUUUCAAACCUUCUCCCGCCACCUAUUCGACCACUUCUCAAACCACGCCGAAGAUCGCAUGGAUGUGAUACACAACAUUAGGUCCCGCGCAAUCCGCGUUAAAUAUCUUAAAGACUUGUUUCUCCAAUGGCGUGGUGUUAUAGCAGCAUACGACGAAGGCCUUGUGAAAGGAGACGCCGUCCUUGCGGCUGCGAUAUGGAGGAACUUGUAUAAAGGAUCGUACGUGUCUGUGCAAAACGAAGCGAAUGAAAUCGACUGGAAUAAAAUCGCCCAGGUUGUACUAUAUAUGCGAAAGGUGCUUGGAGAGCUGGCGCCCCUAGAAGAGGCGGAUAUGGCGCACUCCGUUGGUGGGGAGAAAGGACUCUUCAAGUCAAGUCAGACCGAUGAUCGGCUGGUUUCUCUCGAAGCCAGAAGCCUACAAGAGCCGUUUGUACCAGAGCCCGUUGAAACUACUCACACAAAAUGA